CUGGUGCCCGGCGUGGAGAUCCGCGAGUGCAGCCAUGCCCCAGGCCGCCUCCGGGGCAGCAGCAGCGGCGGCCGGGGCCGGGGCGCGGACCGGAGACGCCGGGGAGCCGGCAGAGACCCCGGAGGGACGAUGAAGCGGCAGAAUGUGCGCACGUUGGCGCUCAUCGUGUGCACCUUCACCUACCUGCUGGUGGGCGCCGCGGUGUUCGACGCGCUGGAGUCGGAGCCGGAGAUGAUCGAGCGGCAGCGGCUGGAGCUGCGGCAGCUGGAGCUGCGGGCGCGCUACAACCUUAGCGAGGGCGGCUAUGAGGAGCUGGAGCGCGUCGUGCUGCGCCUCAAGCCGCACAAGGCCGGCGUGCAGUGGCGCUUCGCCGGCUCCUUCUACUUCGCCAUCACCGUCAUCACCACCAUCGGCUACGGCCACGCGGCGCCCAGCACCGAUGGCGGCAAGGUGUUCUGCAUGUUCUACGCGCUGCUAGGCAUCCCGCUCACGCUCGUCAUGUUCCAGAGCCUGGGUGAGCGCAUCAACACCUUCGUGAGGUACCUGCUGCACCGGGCCAAGAAGGGGCUGGGCAUGCGGCGCGCCGACGUGUCCAUGGCCAACAUGGUGCUCAUCGGCUUCGUGUCGUGCAUCAGCACACUGUGCAUCGGCGCAGCCGCCUUCUCCUACUACGAGCACUGGACCUUCUUCCAGGCCUAUUACUACUGCUUCAUCACACUCACCACCAUCGGCUUCGGCGACUACGUGGCGCUGCAGAAGGACCAGGCGCUGCAGACGCAGCCGCAGUACGUAGCCUUCAGCUUCGUCUACAUCCUCACCGGUCUCACGGUCAUCGGCGCGUUCCUCAAUCUCGUGGUGCUGCGAUUCAUGACCAUGAACGCCGAGGAUGAGAAGCGCGACGCCGAGCACCGCGCGCUGCUCACGCACAACGGGCAGGCGGGCGGCCUGGGCGGCCUGAGCUGCCUGAGCGGUGGCCUCAGCGACGGGGCACAUCCCGGCGACUCGGCCACGUGCUCCGCGGCCCCGGGAGGCGUGGGUGUCGGCGUCGGCGGCAGCGGCUUCCGCAACGUCUACGCUGAGGUGCUGCACUUCCAGUCCAUGUGCUCGUGCCUCUGGUACAAGAGCCGUGAGAAGCUGCAGUACUCCAUCCCCAUGAUCAUCCCGCGGGACCUCUCCACAUCCGACACAUGCGUGGAGCAGAGCCACUCGUCCCCGGGAGGGGGUGGCCGCUACAGCGACACGCCCUCUCACCGCUGCCUGUGCAGCGGGACGCAGCGCUCAGCCAUCAGCUCCGUGUCCACCGGCCUGCACAGCCUGGCCACCUUCCGUGGCCUCAUGAAGCGCAGGAGCUCAGUGUGAACCACAGCCAGGCCUGGAGCAUCUGCCAGCGAGCGGGGUCGGGGUCCAGCCUGCAGGAGCAGGAGGAGUUAGCCAGGAGCCCCCUUCCCCAGAUGCCUUCGGGCUCGUGGGACUCCCCCAGUCCCCCACCACCACCCUCUUCCCAGCCCCUCCAUCUUCAACUGUGCCUGCUUGCACCAGCCAGCAGGUGGCGGGGGUCUAAGGACCCCUGGAGCCCCCAUCAGAGCCCUAUGAAUUCCGAGAAAUGUGAAACUUGGGGGUGGGGAGGAUGGUCCACCGAGGGAAGGCAGCCACUGGGAGCUUCCCAUCCCUUCGGAAAGCUAAGAAGCUCCCCAGACCUCAGAAGCCCUGCUGGGACCCAGUCAUCCCACCUCCCUAGGGGACUUCUGUCUGUUCGUUUGCAUCUCUACUUAUACCUCCCCCGGGCUCUCCAAAAGCCAGGGUGUCUUUGUCCAGGUCACACCCACUCAGUCCCACCCAGCUCCCUCAUCCCCAGCAGUGUCUCCUAGCCUUCCACUAUCUUCUGUGUCGUUUUGCAUGGCUAUGCAGUUAUGGAAAAAAUGGAAACCUCAGCAGUCCCUUAAGCUAGUCCCCAGAGGGCAGGACGAAAUGAACGGACAGGUCAGCCACAGGAGCUGGAGAGAGAAGAGUGGAGAAACAGUGGCUCCCAGCUCUGCAGGGUGACAGGGCCUGCAGGUGAGCUACCUGGAGUCUGAUGCCACUCUCAGGGCCCCUGGGAGACUGGAGCCUUCAGGACUCUGCCCUUGGAAUCUGAAACACAGACUCCUGCUUGCUGUCCCUGGCUGCUGCUGCUGCUACUCACCAACUCUUCAGUACAUGGAGUGGUUUUUUUAAUCCCGGAAACCCUGUCCUGCCUCCUCAUUCGAGUGUCACAACACUCCCAUUAGAUCCAUUUUUCAGAUGAAGAAAACAGGUGAAGUGACUUGCCCAAAGUGAUGCAGGUCACAAAGGGGAACGAGAACCCACAGGCUUGUUCCCAGCCUAAGUGCUCUUCCUUGUUCUCACAGUUCAGCCUGCUCUUCAAGGCAGAGCCCCUGCCCAGAGCACCGUGGCAUUGUGUAGGGAUCUGGGGCUUAAACCAGAAUCAAAAGUCCCAGUCAGAGCCCCUGCCAAGGCUCUGUCUCUGCUGCUCUUAGCCUAGAGGCUGAGGCUCUAAAUGGAGCUUUGUCUCUAGACUGCCUGCUCACAAGCAGAGAGUCCUUGGGACCAAGGUAAGCAGGACUGGGUAUCAUGGAAUAAAAGCCAGGAGCUGGAACCCUAGGAGCUUAGGGGGUUGGGCAGAGCAGCCAAAACAGCUCACAGGUCUAUCCUGGGACAUUAUCCCUGGCCCCAUAGUCAGGGUAGGUACCUGUGUCCCAAGUUGCUAGAGUAAGACUUAUAGUACAGCCAGGAACACUUCCUGGCGGGGAAGGGGUUAGACCUGGUAUGCCCUCUACCUCUCCCCCACCCCCUGACUUGCACCCCAGAAUCAGAGAAGGAGGAUGGCUUGCUGUGGUAACCCUUAGCUUGAGAUAGGAUAGUGCCCAAAACAACCAUAAGGGCAGGUGUAGGGCUGGGGAUGUAGCUCAUCAGAAUGCUUGCUUAGCAUGCUCAAGGCCCUGUGUUUGGUCCCCAGCACCACAAAAAAAGGGGAAGAGGAAGAACUUUCUCCUCCCUUGGGCUGCCUUCCAUUGUCUCCAGGGCCAGCUCCGCACUGUUGAGCAAGGCCAUUGGGGAAGCUAGAGGGAGCCCCACCAUGUCCUCUAGUCCCUGGGGAUUCCUUAGAUAGAAGAAAUCAGGCCUGCAUGUGUUCUGUGUCCACGUGGAAGAGCUGGCUGCCCAUGUGUCAAGGAGAGUGGGGCCCAGGAGCUGGAGAGGUGCUGUCUGUGUUUGUGUUGGGCUGGGGUCAGUGCUUGGCUGCCUUUGUCCUGUGUGUGACCCCGCCCUCGAGGGGUCAAGUCCCGUCAGAUCCGAGGGAGCCACAACCAAAGUUACAGAGAGAGGGUGGGGAAGGCGGCAGAGUGGCCCUAGAGGCUGAGCAUGGGGGACUGCUGGUCUCCCACAGGGUCUUGCCUAGGGAACUAGAAGGCCACUGUCACUUCCCGUCUCACCCCCUCCCACUGCAGGCAGCCUUUCUGCUUUUCCAAUGCCUUAUGCCUGGGCACACUGCCACAGAAUAUGCAAUAUGUGUGGGUGCCAUGCCCCACACCCACGCCCACCCGGGCAACCCCUGAGUCCCUGAGCUGUGGCUGCCCUGGCCCCUCUCAGCAGCUCCUGCCCAUCUGUCUUCACACUGAGAAUGGCGCCUAAUAAAUGCUGUCCAUGGAGACCAGG